CAUCGAACCCAACCCACCCGCUUCUCCCUCCUCCCUCUCCCCGUCUGCCCCGCGUCAAGCUCCUCCCUCUCACCCCACCCGGAUCUCGCGCGCGACGCAGGCAGGCCCCGCCACCUCCCAGAAGCUUCUAGAAGGCCCUCCCCGGCGCCACCCCGCUCCCGCGCGGAUGAGCGGCGGCUCGGCCCCCCUCCCCUACUCGAUGCGCGAUGUGGGCGCCGGCGGCGCCUACAACAACGCCAAGUUCCGCCACCGUUCCCGCCUCAAGAUGUUUGUACAGUCCCUGGCUACUAACAGCAGCAAGUACCGUUGUGGAAAGUUCACUGUUGGUAAAUUCUUGAGCCUGUUGAUGGUUUCUGGCUUAUUAUACUUAUUUCUGCACAAAAGCCCGGAGGGUCCUGUACCUGGUGAGCUACAUGGCAAAGAAGUACAUAGUAACAAUGUCAGGAGAGCUCCCAAUAUUCGCACAUUUUGGAGAAAACCACCAAGGCUGCCCCCACGUCUCCCACCAAAUGAAAUCUACAAAAAUAAUUCUCUGCUUCAGCAGUCUCCAUCUGAGUGGACAUCUAGGCAGAAGAAAGUUAAAGAAGCAUUUGAACAUGCAUGGUCUGGUUACCGGAAUUAUGCGAUGGGUUAUGAUGAGCUUAUGCCUUUGAGCCACAGGGGCACUGAUGGACUAGGGGGUUUAGGUGCUACAAUUGUGGAUUCUUUGGACACUGCGAUAAUAAUGGGUGCUGAUGACGUUGUUUCUGAAGCAUCAAAAUGGAUUGAGGAGAACCUAAUGAAAAGAAUCAGUGAGAAAGGGCAGGUUAAUUUAUUUGAAACUACCAUCCGUGUCUUGGGAGGGCUUCUUAGUGCAUACCAUUUGAGUGGUGACGAUCAUGCAGGAUCAGGUGACUCUGGGAUACCAGCAUCAUAUAAAAAAGCUAAUCCGGAGCGACUUCUGGAAGUUUCAAAGGAUUUGGCAGACAGGUUAUUGUUGGCUUUUACAUCAAGCCCAACAGCUAUACCUUUAAGCGAUGUUAUUCUUCGUGACCGCACUGCACAUGCAGCCCCAGAUGGCUUAAGCAGUACCUCAGAGGCUUCAACAUUGCAACUAGAGUUCAGUUACCUCAGCAGAGUAUCAGGGGAUCCAAAGUAUGACAGGGAGGCAAUGAAGGUGUUAGAGCAUAUGAGAACACUCCCAAAGGUGGAGGGACUGGUGCCUAUUUACAUUAACCCCUCCUCUGGUCAAUUUAGUGGUGAGAAUAUUAGAUUAGGAUCUCGUGGUGACAGUUACUAUGAGUAUCUACUAAAAGUGUGGAUUCAGCAAGAGGAAAAUCGUGACAGUAGUUUGAAGUAUCUGUUUGAAAUGUAUACUGAAGCAAUGAGAGGGGUCAAGCAUCUUCUUGUUCGGAAAACUGUUCCAAACGAGUUGGUCUUUGUUGGGGAGCUUCCAUUUGGACGAAGUGGUGAUUUUAGUCCUAAAAUGGAUCACCUGGUGUGUUUUCUUCCUGGUACCCUUGCCCUUGGUGCAACUAAAGGUAUCACCAAGAAAAAAGCUCUUGAAAGUAAAUUGUUGACUGAUGAAGACAUCGAAAAUCUCCAGCUUGCUGAAGAUCUUGCCAAAACAUGUGUUGAGAUGUACUUUGUCACCUCUACUGGCCUUGCUCCUGAAAUAGCUUAUUUCCACAUUGAGGGUAAUGCAGAAGGGGGACCUGAUGGCGGUAAUAAAAGCAACAAAUAUGUCAAUGAUAUUAUAAUAAAACCACUUGAUCGUCACAAUCUUUUACGCCCAGAGACUGUGGAAUCACUAUUUGUUUUGCAUAGAAUUACAGAGGACCCCAAGUAUAGGGAGUGGGGUUGGCAGAUCUUUCAGGCUUUUGAGAAAUACACAAAAGUUGAUUCGGGUGGUUACAGUUCCUUAGAUGAUGUCACGAGCCUACCUCCUCAUAGGAGAGACAAAAUGGAAACUUUCUUCCUUGGAGAAACAUUGAAAUAUUUGUAUUUGCUGUUUGAUGAGAGCAAUACUCUUCCGCUAGAUAAGUAUGUAUUCAAUACAGAGGCCCAUCCUCUUCCAGUCAUGCGGUCUGUGGAGCAGGCAUCACAUUCUGUAUAGUUUAGAAGUGUAUAACUGUUGUAUGAUCAUGAUGAGAGAAGUAACAGAUGCAUGAGAAAUAUACUUGACAACAUAGUCGGAGGAGUGAGAAUUCCUUACAUGAGCUUGAAGCGACAUAAGAAUCUUUCUUGGAGGCAGAGUCAUGAUCAUGGAAUAGUCAUGCUUGAUUUUGAGGAUUUUGGCUUUUCAAUUGUGUUUAUUGGAAGGCCAUACAACUUUUAAACUCUGUACAAUCUAACUUCAGAUUUUGAAAUCGGUUAAAAUCAGUUGGCUGUUACACCAA